AUGAUGUCUGGACGAGGCAAGCAAGGCGGGAAAGCUCGUGCCAAGGCCAAGACCCGCUCUUCCCGGGCGGGGCUGCAGUUUCCUGUGGGCCGAGUGCACCGCCUGCUCCGCAAGGGCAACUACGCCGAGCGUGUCGGGGCCGGCGCGCCGGUGUACCUGGCGGCGGUGCUGGAGUACCUGACUGCGGAGAUCCUGGAGCUGGCGGGCAACGCGGCCCGCGACAACAAGAAGACGCGUAUUAUUCCGCGUCAUCUGCAGCUGGCCAUCCGUAACGACGAGGAGCUUAACAAGCUGUUAGGCAAAGUCACCAUCGCUCAGGGUGGCGUACUGCCCAAUAUCCAGGCCGUGCUGCUGCCCAAAAAGACCGAGAGCCACCACAAGGCCAAGGGCAAGUAA